ACUGACCACUGAAUCUAUCACUGUAGACAAGAUGACGCUUGAUUGCUUUGUCUGCGAGCGGAUGCGAGUUGGAAACCCUGGAAAACACGGAAGCCGUGCCGCGGCCUCCACCCAACGAUGUUUGCUUUGCAAUCGGGACUUUUGCAACGAGCACCGAGGAAACGAGGAGAGCGUCUGCGAGAUCAAUCACCAGACCUACUUCAGACAACAUCCCGAUCUCCAUGGAAAGAUAUACGCCACGAUGCAGGCAAGAUUGGAGGCUGAAGAAGCGAAGUUACCUUCCGUUGUCCCAACCGAGCAGCCCAGCAUUGUGAAGGAGUAGAGGUUGAUGAUUUGUUCUUAUGUCAGUCAAGUUAGCAGUAGUUGCAAAU